AGAAUAGCCACUUGCUCAGCUGCCGCCUGCUCCGGCAAAAGGCAGCAAGUGACUCAUAGCCUCACUGCUCGCCACACAGAAUUUUAAUAAGGGAACAAGACCAGCCAAUGUGCAGCUCGUCUCUAAGCAGAGCCGGUAGCAGCGGAUGGCUGCCUGCAGGAGGAGCAGGAAGCUGCUGCACUGAAGAGGAGGAGGAGGGAGGAGGAGGAGGAGGAGGUGUCUGACACAGCCGCCCUACCUGAGAGCCACUAAGCAGGGAAAUGGACACAUGUUGAGUGAUCUCCAGCAGCUGAAGGGAGGGCAAGAGGCCAGCAGCGUGCAUCUUGUGGACCCCUGGCUGGAGGCAAGCAGCUCUCCUUCUCAGCAGCAGCUGCGAGGUUAUGCCACGUCUCAGACUUACUGGGUGCCUGUUUAUGAAAGAGAAGGGUUGAUAUUUGUCCAAACUUUGGAUGACGCCCCAUAGAUCAUAAACCAAGAUGGCAGCUGGAACUAAUGCUCCUUUGGGAGGCAUCUUCACUACAGUGCAGCAGGGUGGUGAGGAUGUUGAGAUAGCCUUUCUUGGCACAGAAGAUGAGGAAGAUUUGGACAAGACCUUGUCUGUCCCACGGUUUGGAGACCUGAUCAGCAAGACUGUGCUAAGAGACCAGGAGAAGCAAGGCCGCAGCUACAGUGAAAGCGACUUUGAAUUCCAUCGCCAGACAUCUCACCACAUCCAUCACCCCCUCUCCACCCACCUGCCUCCUCCUCACAAGUCCCAGAAGAGGCAUCCCAGUUCUGACAGGAAGAAGAAGAAAAAGAGAAAGCCAAAGAAGACUUCCAUUCCUCCCUCCAAUGUCACUCCCACCAUCCAUGAAGUGGCGGAAGAGGAAGAAGGGAAUGAGGAGGAAGCAGAAUCUGAAGGGGAAGAAGUUGUAGAGAAAGAGGCUUCUGAAGAGUCUGAUCUUGAAGCCUUUCCCAAAGGGGAGUCUCAUGGCAAACCAAAACCAAAGGAAGGACUGACAGAAGGAAGCGUUGAGUUCACCAUUGGGAGCGAUGAGGAAGAGGAGGAAGCCUGUGGCAGCCCAUGCACUUUAUCAUUUCAUGUGGCAGAGGAGUGCAGUCGCCUCUCCCCACUUCCAUGUCUCUCUGAUCUGCUGCCAGAGAAGGAGUCUAUCUCACCCAGGAGCCUCUCUGGGUAUGGGGAUCCUACACCUCGGGGAUGGGAAAAGCGCAAACCUUGGAGUCAGGUGCCAGGUGGACAGCGAGCAAACUAUGACCUGAAGGAGAGGGUGUGCAUUGGCAGCAUGACCGCUCUCGAGAGUGCCACAUACCAACGAAUCCCCACAGAUGAAGCUGAGGCUCAGAUGCUGGCUUCUGCUGACCUUGAUGACAUGAAAAGCCACCGUUUUGAAGACAAUCCAGGAGUAAGGAGACAUCUGGUUAAGAAACCCUCCCGGAGCCAGACUACCAGAGCAAGCAAAAAGUCUUUGUCCUCGCAGUCUAUCAAGAAAAAGAAGAAAAGGAAGAAGCUGGACAGGAGACCCCAUGAGGUAUUUGUGGAGCUGAAUGAACUAGUGGUGGACAAAAACCAGGACAUGCACUGGAAGGAAACGGCUCGCUGGAUCAAGUUUGAGGAGGAUGUGGAGGAGGACACGGCACGCUGGGGGAAGCCUCAUGUGGCCUCGCUCUCUUUUCGCAGCCUUCUGGAGCUCAGGAAGACUAUUGCACAUGGAGCUGUUCUGCUGGACUUGGAACAAACAACAUUACCUGGCAUUGCUCACCUCGUGGUAGAGACCAUGAUAAUCUCGGAUCAGAUCAAGGCUGAUGACAGAGCCAAUGUACUGAGGGCCCUGCUACUCAAGCAUAGCCACCCCAAUGAUGAAAAGGAGGCAUUCUUCCCUCGGAACCAUUCCAACUCCAGCAUAAACUCCAUGGUGGGAAACCACCAUCACAACCACAAUCAUGCAAUUGACACUUGCAUGCCAUUGAUGGGGGAAGAGCGCAUUGAGAUGACAGAGCCCCGGGUUCAUGACCCUGACUACAGGGAGAAAAACAUGCAUCUUCACAACACUGAGGGACAUCGUGGCAAAUACCUCAAGUUGAUGGAGAAGAUUCCUGAUGAUGCAGAGGCCACUGUAGUUCUUGUUGGUUGUGUUCAGUUCCUUGAACAGCCCACAAUGGCUUUUGUUCGUUUAAAUGAGGCUGUAUUCUUGGAAUCGGUCCUGGAGGUUCCAAUUCCUGUCCGUUUCAUCUUUGUCUUGCUGGGACCAAGUCAGUCCAACAUGGAUUACCACGAAAUUGGACGUUCCAUUGCUACGCUCAUGUCAGACAAGCGUUUCCAUGAAGCUGCUUACAUGGCAGAUGAUCGCCAGGACCUACUCAAUGCUAUCAAUGAGUUCCUUGACUGUAGCAUCGUCAUCCCACCAUCAGAAAUGGAGGGGAAGGAUUUGCUCAAGUCUAUUGCCACCUUCCAGAAGAUCUUACUGAGAAAAAGGAAAGAACGGGACCAGAAGAAGUCCACCAAAGAAGGGAAUGUUCAGGAAGCCAAAGAGCCAUGUGAGGUGAAGGCUGAGGAAGAAGAGGAGGGUGAGGAGGAGGAUGACCCUCUGAAGCGCACCGGCAUUUUCUUUGGUGGUUUGGUGCGGGACAUAAAGCGCAGGUACCCCAGGUAUCUGAGUGACCUCAGAGACGCCCUGCAUAGCCAGUGCCUCGCAGCCGUGCUAUUCAUCUACUUCGCUGCUCUCUCUCCUGCCAUCACCUUUGGGGGACUGCUAGGUGAGAAGACGGAGGGCCUCAUGGGAGUCUCAGAGCUGAUCAUCUCCACCUCAGUGCUGGGCAUGCUCUUUUCUCUGUUGGGUGCCCAGCCUCUCCUUGUCAUUGGCUUCUCAGGGCCCCUGCUGGUCUUUGAGGAGGCUUUUUACAAGUUCUGCCAGAGCCAGGCCAUCGAGUAUUUGACAGGUCGGGUGUGGAUUGGCCUUUGGCUCAUCAUCUUCAUCGUCAUCAUUGUUGCCGCUGAGGGCAGCUUCCUGGUGCGCUACAUCUCCCCCUUUACCCAGGAGAUCUUUGCCUUCCUUAUUUCCCUUAUCUUCAUCUAUGAAACAUUCUACAAGCUCUAUAAGGUAUUCACAGAGCAUCCGCUGCUAAGGGUCUACCCACCAAAUUUUGAAAGGAGCAUGAAUGCCAGUACAGUGUCAGAUGAUGGUGUAGCCCUUGACACCCAGAUGCAGCCCAACACGGCCCUGCUGUCCCUCAUUCUCAUGCUGGGAACCUUCUUUAUUGCCUUCUUCAUGCGCAAGUUCAAGAACAGCCGCUUCUUGGGAGGAAAGGCCCGACGUAUCAUUGGAGACUUUGGAAUCCCUAUCUCCAUCCUUGUCAUGGUUCUGGUGGACUACACCAUCACGGAUACAUAUACACAGAAGCUGAAUGUUCCCUCGGUGCUAUCAGUAACAGCCCCAGACAAGCGUGGCUGGUUCAUCCAUCCCUUAGGCGGCAAGCAGCCUUUCCCCAUAUGGAUGAUGUUUGCUUCUGCCAUUCCUGCACUGCUGGUCUUCAUUCUCAUCUUCAUGGAAACCCAGAUCACCACCCUGAUUGUCAGCAAGAAGGAACGGAAGCUACAGAAGGGGUCAGGCUUCCACUUGGACCUGCUGCUCAUUGGUACCAUGGGAGGGCUCUGUGCCCUUUUCGGGCUGCCUUGGCUGACAGCUGCCACCGUCCGCUCGGUCACCCAUGUCAAUGCCCUCACCGUCAUGAGCAAGGCCAUUGCACCUGGUGAAAAGCCCAAGAUUGAGGGAGUGAAGGAGCAGCGUGUGACAGGAGUGUUCAUCGCCGGUCUUGUUGGCCUGUCCAUUGUCAUGGGGAAUGUAUUGCGCCAGAUCCCACUGGCUGUGCUAUUUGGGAUUUUCCUGUAUAUGGGUGUGACGUCACUGACAGGCAUCCAGCUCUAUGAGCGGCUCCUCCUCAUCUUCAUGCCAUCCAAGCAUCAUCCUGAUCAUGUCUACGUUGUCAAGGUGAAGACAUGGCGAAUGAACCUUUUCACGCUCAUCCAGCUAGCCUGCAUCGUGCUGCUGUGGGUGGUAAAAUCCACUGUGGCAUCACUGGCUUUCCCAUUUGUCCUGAUCAUGACAGUCCCUCUCCGGCAAUUCCUGCUGCCACGCUUGUUUCACGAGAGAGAACUCAAAGCGCUGGACUCAGAGGACGCAGAACCAAACUUUGAUGAAGAUGGGCGGGAUGAGUACAAUGAGCUUCAUAUGCCUGUAUGAUCAAGCUGGCAUGUGUCCACUGGCCUUGGUUCUCCCCUGGCUUCAUGGGAUAGGCCUGCUUCCCUCAUGCUCUCCCUGAACAACCACCAGGCAGAAGUGGCUUUGAGCUGAUCAUGGGUCUGGAUCAAGUGACAAUUGUGUCACAGUCCUUCAGGAAGCUCCAAGCCAUGAGGGAAGCUUGGGCCAAGCAGAGUAAGAGAUGCCGCCUUCUUCUGAACAGACACAGAAUGUGGGGCCAGCCCCUCUUCCUCCCUCAAACCUUUGCUAGUGCUUGCUCUGUGCCAUAUGUAGGCCAGAAUAGGUACCUCAGCUUCCUCUCCUUGGAAGACAAGCAGACUCCACUGCUUUCCUAAGGGAAAAACAGCAGCAGGCCAGCAUAGAAAAGGGAAGAGAGCAACUAGGCCCUGCCAACAGUGCCAAGUGAUGCUGUUCAUGCAGAGCUAGCAGAUUCCUGGGGUGAGGGAAAUCACAUCCUCCAACUGGUAUCUCCAUGCUGAACCUUAUCCACUCAGUCCUAUGACUCUGCCCUUGAACAUUCAAUAACCUCUGAUCCAUUUGCUGUUCUACAUGAUGCUUUUAGCUGGGAUUUCCUGUCUGUGGGAAACUGACUCUUCCAUCUGAGGAAUGGCAGCGAUGACUGCUGAAGAUAGCAAGGUGCAGUGUGCAUUAGCAGGGCCUGCUACACCCUGAUCUGCUCUGUGAGCAUGAUGUGGGGACUUGUGCAAUAUUCGUGCACAUCUGUAUCUGCUCAUAUAUGGCAUUGUUUUGGUUCUCACCAUCUUUCAGGUUGCACAAAGGUUGUCCAAAGGGCAAGCAGUUAUUUAUUAAGCAGAUCUCCACUCAGUUAUGAAACAGAGGAGAGAAGAGACUUGCUAACAUAGUCUGGAAAUCAGGAACAAGCUAACCUAAUGACUCAGCAAAGGCUGUAUAACCCAUACAGAACUCUCACUUAGGAAACUGUUGCACAGAGUCAACACCACUGUGGUGGUGUUUUUCUCCAAUCACUGCCAAAGGGUGUCAGGGGACACAGUUAUAGAAGUGGGGGCCAUAGGAGCUAAGGCUGGGACCUAGUCUGCUGAACCAUUUGGGACUAUAUAUGAGCAAGGCUCAGAGCCCUCGUCAGGUCCAGCAGAAGACAGGAACUCUCAAUAUCUGAGUCGUAGGCAGGCAGCAAAAGCAUGGUAUUUGCCUGGUCCACAGAAUAGAAGGCUCUGCUUGGUUUCCCAGGUUCCCUGAUUCAGAUGUCAGCUCCCUUUCCAGUCUGUUUAGCUUCAUCUUGCUCCUUGCUCUAGCUUCCUCCUCCCAGCCCCUGCACCAUUCUCCAAACUCUGCUACUGCAUUUCCCACUUUAUUCGUGCUUUGAAAUGACCCCCAUCUGGGACAAGACGUACCAGCAGAGCCAAGUCUCAAGAAAGGCUACCUGCAGCCUGGCUUGAACAACUGGAAUGGAAUGUCCCCAGCCGGGUUGGGACCAAGCACCCUACAUGUGUGGCUCUGACCCAUUGCACUGGUGGAACCUUCUGCUUCAAUGAGUUCUCUGUUUGUUUGUUUGUUCCCCAACACUUCCAAUCAGUGGCUCUCAGUUCCUGGACUUCAGCUGGCUCAAAAAUCCACUGGCCCUUCCAUCUCUACCCCCUCAUCACUUCCACCAAUAUCUGCCUUGUGUGUUCUCUUAAACCCUGGUAUUCUCCCCCCCCCCACCCCAUUAGCAUAUAAUGAAAAUUCAGGUUUUGUGGUAGGACUAAUUUGCAUAAAACAUGCAUUUGUUUCAAUCACUGAAUUUGAAUUUUUGGAAACAAUACCUUGCUUCCUUGCUCUUCAUUGGUGAGUGGCAUGCAUCUAGUCAUGUCCACUUCACAGGUGGUACAGUUCAAGGGACUGAGCUCAUGCACAAGCACCACACUGUUGGAGUUCAGUGCAAGGUUCCAAAGAGGGGUUGCUCUCCUACAGAUCAUCAUAUGGAUACUAGGAAACUGUGAAGUGUGUUCUGGGGAGAGCACUAUGAAGUCCUGUUUUGUGACUGUUCUGUUAGAUUAUGUAUGUGGAAUAAUGGGGUGUGCAAAAGCAUCAGCCACAACUCUUGCCACAGGCAGGCAUGGAACCCUGUGGCUUAAGAGUCUCUGGCUCAUGGCACGACUCAGGGACGGCAUCUGCUCCCUGCCUAUUAAAUGGAGGCUGUCCCUACCUACCUACCUACCUCAGGGGCUGCCUGCUGAUGGCUGGAUAGUUAUGAGGCCAUAUGUAUUCCUCUACGUGUUCCCAGCUGGCUGCCAGCCUGCUCCACUCACAGACUGUGACCUCCAAUAUGCGCUAUGUAGCCAGGAUAGGAAACCUGAACCAUAGGGGCAGAGUCCCUGGCGCUCUGCCUGUGCAUUGCCAGUCUUCUGAAUGUAAUAGGAAUGGAUAUGGUUGCACCAAUAAAUCUUUCACUGGAACUUUGUGCCUGGGUCCUGUUCUGAGCUCCAGGAAUGGGUAACUCACAAAUAGCCAUUCACGUAGAAUUGCAGGAUUGCAUUAGAGUAAGGAUUCCCUUUCCCUUUAUAAUGUGUGUACCUAUAUUAGCUGCCUUUUCUGGACUUGGAUGUAGAAAGCAAGGUGUGCCUUUGCAUCCCUGUGCUUGGAAGCUCUAAUGUUCCUCCAGCCUCAGAGUGACCAUCAUAUAUCAGAAAUGUGGCUGCUUUAUAUUGUGUGAGACAAUUGUUCCAUCUGGACCGAUAUUGUCUACUCUGAUGAGCAGUGGCUAUCUCAGUCAGGCCUUUCGCUACCUGCAUUCCUUUAACAGAAGAUGCUAGGGACUGAACUCUGGGCCAUAUGCAUGCAGAGUGUGUGCUCUCCUACGGACCCAUGAUCCUUCCCCAGGCAAGCAAAGCCAGUGACAACAUUGUGUGGCUGAGAAUCAGUUGCACAGUUGGGGAUCAAGCAAAAGAUGCAUGUAUGUCCUCAUGAAACAAGACACUGAACAAUGAGAUGGAAUAAAAACACAGCAGCUCCUAGUAUUAAGACAAAAACUAACUCAGGUAAUCCCUCAAACUGGAACAGCCCUUUUAGGGAGGAACUACACAUUAUAUGCAGGUGGGUUUAAUAAAACUGGGAUGGCCGCUUCUAGUAAGGAAACAGAAGAUGAACACACAUCUGGAAUCCUGUAGGCACGGAGGAAAGCAGCUUGAGGAGAGGAAUUACAGCAGAAAAGCAGUGGACAAGAGAAAAGUGAAGCACUCAUCCCCUGCUGUUUCUUCCCUCUAAAUCACCUUUUCUGAAAACUGCUUUGCCCUAACAGGAGCAGCCACCUGGGUUUUGUUACAGGCAUUUGUAAAGUCCAGUUCUGGCCUGAACAAAGUUUUCCAGACAAUGAUUUAUAGCUGCUUCAUGACAGUUACAGUUAUGGGAUGUUUGAUGGCAAACUGCCCUUCCCAACUUUUUUCCUGGUGAUUGGUCUUUCAAUGUGUGAAACAACAGUCUUUUCAAAGUUGUACAUUUAAACAGUCCUGAAAACGGCAGUGUGGAAUAUUGCAGGAGUUAGGAAUAGCUGUGUGGGAAAAUAGGAUUGAGUUGGAGGUGUGGCUAUCUGCCUGGGGGUUGCCUUUGGGAGUGUUGGCUCUGCCCAGCAUGCCCCCUCCAUCCCACACCUGGAAACAUCUCUGAAAUCCUCUUUCCGGUGGCCUACAGCCCACUUCCAGACACUAGCUAGCUUUCUGGUGUUUUCCCUUACCUUCAUCUUUCUUCACUCUCUCUUUUUUAAUUAAUAAUGAUAUGCAGUAUACAUGCUUAUGAGUAUUUGCACAAGCCUGCAGACCCACUAGCCAUAAGAUCUGUCAUGUGGGUUUGUUUUUGUUUUUUGGGGGGUUACCUCUGGAUUCUUCCCUGGGCACAUGUGCCUUGUAUUCCUCCCCUUUUAAAAAAUAAAAUGCUAUAGAGUA